AUGAUGUUGGAGUUCUACAUCAACAUCUGCCUUGGAGGAGCGAGAACUUGCAAGGCAGAGAACAUGAACGACCUUCUCCAGUGCCUCUCCGUUGAUUAUGAUUUCAAGGACAGCCGGGAGCUUCCCAGCAAUGAGGUUGAAAAUGACAGCCAGAAAGACCGUGAACAUGCUUGGGGUGAUGAUACAGCCCUGUUUGACUGCUGUUUGCACUUCGAAAGGACCCAGAAGCACGCCUACAACACGGCCAAGUACCCCAACGGGGAGUGGGGCCUGGGCAGCCACAACGCCUGCCGCAACCCGGACGGGGACGUGCAGCCCUGGUGUUACGUCCUGGAGACGGAAGAGGGGAUCUACUGGAAUGCCUGGCUACGUUGGCUGCUUCUUAGACUCAGGAAACCCCCCGACUCUGAGCUGCAGGCGGGGGGCCCCCCCCCAGUCCGCUCCUGCCGGAAGAGAGGCUACAAGUUCGCUGGCGUGGAGGCCGGGUGCGCCUGCUUCUGCGGCAGUGAGGGGGACCUGCGGUGGGCCCAGCCCGUGGGGACUGUGGAGUGUGACCAGGUCUGCUUCGGCAAAGCCAGCGAGCUGUGCGGGGGGGAUGGCCGCAUCGGGGUCUAUGACGUCUCUGUGGGGGCCUGCCAGGGGAACUUCAGUGCCCCCUCAGGGGUCAUCUACUCCCCAGACUUCCCAGACGACUAUGGCCCCGACAGCAAUUGUUCCUGGGUCCUGCGCCCCCCGGGCUCCAGCGCAAUAGAGCUCCGCUUCCAGAUCUUCGAGAUCCGGGACCCCAAUGAUCAGCUGGAGCUGUGGGAUGGGCACAGCCGCCGUCUCCUGGAGCAGUUUGACGGGCAUCACCGCCCCGGCCCUGCCCUCCUCCUCCCCACUGACACCCUCCUCCUCAGCUUUCGCUCCGACCAGCUCCUGUCUGCCCAGGGCUUCGCAGUGGCCUACCGGGGGGUGAAGGACCCCGUGUUAGAGACCUCGGAGGGUGAUUCCCAGACGUUGCCCAGUGCCCUGAUGCAUCCAACCUCCACAGACCAGUUCAACGCCAGCUGGACCCACAGCACGGAAGACCUAACCAUCGGGGCUGGAGGCUGGAUUAUGUACACAGCUUCAGGGGCUUUUCUCCUCAUGCUCCUCAUCUUCUCAUACCACCUGCGGAAAAGGACCUGCCUUUUUGUGCAGAAGAAAAGUGGGGGACUGCCCGGUUCCUUCUCCACCCUGGGACCCCGAUGCCGAUGCCAGUGCCUGACGGGGGAGGCCUGGGCCGUGGCCUAUCGGCACACGGACGUGCUGAUCUGCACUGGCCACAACUCCCGGCACCCCCCACCGCUCCCUGGCUCCGACGACGAGGCUGCUUCCGACUGCACCUGCCUGUGCCACAGCUUGGAGAACCUGACUCCAACCAGCCAGUCCUCCCUCAAGUCGCUCCUGUCCACCAGCUGAGUCGGGGGGGGCAGAGACACGCACCCCCAGAAUUCCCCUCCAUAGAGAGGGCAGCUGCAGAGAGACUGCUCCGGAGAAGAGCUGGGGGAACCCUGGAACUGCCUAGGGACCCAGAAAUGGGGGUUCAUGCCUCAAGUGUCUGCUACCCUCUGUAGCCUCCUACUGCACAGGGACCCAGAAAUGGGGGUUCAUGAUGUGCCCCAUGGUCUGCUGUCCCUCAGCCCCACAGCGAGACCCAUGUCUCAUGCUCCACUGCCCCCCCGAAACAGGGGACAUGACUCUCCGCCGCCGCGCCAGCCACCAGAGAUGCCAUCGAGGAGGGGAUGGGUGGCCUUGCCUGCUGCUCUCAGCUGGGCCUCACGGGUGGACCCCCGUGCCUGACGCUGUGGCUGCUCCUUCAUGCUGAUGCUGGUUUGGCCCCCUGAAAGAAGUGGCUGGCCCCAGGGUGAGGGAUGGGCUGGCCAGGAGUGGAGCCUCGGGGGGCAGGAUCCUGGCCAGAAGACUGGCUGGCUUGGGGGACCAGAUGCCCCCCCGGAGAUGAGAAGUGCAGCCCAGUGCCACGGGGCACAUAUGGGCACCAUGGGAAGUAUGGGGGGGGGGACUUGGGCAGCCACAGGGGAUCUGUGGGCAGGGAGGCGUAGUCCCCCCUGCAUGGGGUUCUGUGUCCCACGUGAGGUGCACUCCUCCAGCCCCACAGCGACAUGCUCCAACCCGGGAAGAGAGAUGGGAUGAGAAUGAGCUCGGAUUAAAUUAUUUUCCAUAUGGGA